AUGUCACGUCUCGCGCACACUGAACAACGUGCGAUGUCGACCUUGUCCGCUUCGUCAAUCGCCCUGGCUGCAUCUUCGGUGUCUCGACGUUCAAAGCGGCUGAGCUACGCCGAUGCAGAUAAGGUCUACGGCGAGAAGGCCACGACAGCACCAUCCUGGAGUCUGCUGCAGGGCCCUCACACUGAAUCGAGCAGCACUGCCGUCUUCACCAGAGGUACCACCACCUACCAUGCAUCAUUGCGCACCCGCGCGCAGCAGCGCUGGCUGACGCUGCUUCUUAGGCUCAUGCGUACACCAUACGUCGGUGCGCUUGCGAUGCGUGUGCUCGAGGCCGCAGCCUACGCCGCCUAUGUAAAGGGGUCUGUUAUGUUAUUCACGCGUCGGCGUGUGGGGCCACCGGUGGCGACGGCAACGGGGCCGAACUCUUCUUGCGAGAUCGACAUGUGCAAGGCACACUGCAAGGGCGAUCUCUCAAUGGUGGGCACCUUCUCAGCGUCGUCGAGUCUCUCGCCUGCCGGCCGACCCUCCGCCGCUGCCUCCUCUUCGCUCCCCUUCUCUCAUGGCGCACCGCUGCGCGAGCACGCACUUGACUGUCUCUACAUCGGCAACAGUCCGAUUCACAGCAGAGGACUGUUCACGGCUCGCGCACUGCCGCGAGGCACCCGCAUCAUCGCUGAGCCGCGCCGCUCCCUCCUCCUCGCCCCACACUUUGCUACCCUUCUCGCCGAUACACACGAGAAACUGCCGGACACAUGGCACUACACCCAACCUACCGGGUGCAUCGUGGAGCUGGUGACACAGGCGCAGCCGCAUCAUCUAAUGAACCACAGCUGCGCAGCGAACGUGUGCAGUGGACUCUCGCAUACCUUCUGGGAGGCUGCCACGAUUGCAGGUAAGUGGCAGCAGCAGCGCUUGUCGCGGAGCAGCUCCACUGCCGGUGGAGGCAAUGAGCGUACGGAAGUCCCCCACAGCAACGUUAAGGGGGGAGGAAUUCGUAGCGACACGGAAAAUCGUUCUUCGUUGUCAUCGCCAUCAUCAUUUGUCACCCAGUCGCACAGCGCAGACUGGCGUGAGCGGCUGACGCUGUGGUCACACUUUGCCGACGCGAACAGCUUUUUCGUGACUCGCGAUAUCGCGGCAGGCGAGGAGCUCACACUGGACUACAGCACUCGCAUGGCCCCCCUCUACGCAGGGGAGUUGGCACGCGCGCUGCAGUCGCGCAGCUGGUUGCUCUGCCGAUGUGGACAACCAUUCUGCCGCCAUUAUGUGUACCGCCCAACGCCGGAGGUCAUAUCCUUUCUGCGCGCGCUGCACACGGGACGGUGUGGACAAGAACGCAGCGCACAGCCACCAGGGCAGCAAAGCGCACCCCGGAUGCCCGAUUGUGCUGCGCCACCUAGCACGAUGGACGUGUGUGACCCCCUGCAUGUCAUGGCAAAGUUGCUCGAGCUCGGCUUUGAUGAUGAGCUUGUGCUACUGAGCUACGCCGCCAGCAGUGCGGAUGUGGUGGCGUAUCUUUACGGACAGCCACUGCCCUCACUGCAGAGGCCCUCACUAACUCAACCGCGAGCAUCAUUCGCUCGACGGUCCCUGUCCUCAGCGAGUGCACUGUCAGCGGUGCAAGAGGGCAUUGAUGUGGAGGUGCGCAGGGUGUCGAAGCGUCAGCUUCUCGCGGAAUAUCGCUACGUCUUUCGAAUCCUGAACGAGGCGGUGCCGGUGCGCACAUGA